GAGGUGGCCUCCGCCUGCGUUUUCCUUCUUCCGGUCAAUAAAGAGUUGUAAAAAAAUAAGAGAGAUUCCAAGGAAAAAACGCAGCAACAACGAAGCACUACACCGAGGGAAGGAGAGAGAUAGAGAGGAGUCGGCGGUUGAAGGUUUCAUCCCGCAGCCGAAACCCUAAUUGAGCCUUCUCUCUUCUUCUUCUACUUCUGUUUCGGUUCUGUAGCAGCCACCACAAGUGCCUGGGAUUCUAUGUGAUGGUGCUGUGUUUCCCGUCUUUCUCGAUUUGGGUGGUGUUUCGUGGUUGAUUUCGAUUCUUCCCUCGGUCGCGUUGUCGGAUUGCUUCGGUUGAUUUUGAGUGGAUCAGUUGCUGUUUCGGGAGUGGUGUUGUUGUUGCUCGCCAGUCAUCAUCGAUGGUUUAGCUAUUGGAUUGGUUGCUGCUGGGGAUUCUUUUGCGCGUGGCAGUUCUAGGGGAGGAGGUUGUGGAAGAUGGAUUUGGUGAAUAGCUGCAAGGAAAAGUUGGCUUAUUUUCGAAUAAAGGAGCUGAAGGAUGUCCUGACUCAGUUAGGGCUAUCAAAGCAGGGGAAAAAGCAGGACCUAGUUGAUCGCAUAUUGAAUGUCCUGCACGAUGCACAAGGUUCCAAGGCGUGGCCAAAGAGGGGCGUUCUUGGAAGGGACGAAGCAGCAAAACUUGUUGAUGACAUUUACAGGAAAAUGCAGGUUUCGGGUACUGAUUUAGCAUCAAAGGCGCAAUGUGUUUUGGAUAGCAGCAAUUCGAAUCCGAAAGUUGUUAAAGGAGAACCCGAGGACUCUUUUCACCGUGAUACCAAAGUUCGGUGUCCCUGUGGCAGCUCAUUGGAAACAGAAUCGAUGAUUAAGUGUGAGGAUCCCAGAUGCCAGGUGUGGCAGCAUAUUGGUUGUGUUAUAGUUGCUGAGAAGCCUAUGGAGGGAAGUCCCCAAGUUCCCGAAGUAUUUUACUGUGAGAUUUGUCGACUGAGCCGAGCUGACCCCUUUUGGAUUGCAAUGGCUCAUCCACUAUCUUCUGUGAAGCUGGCCAUAACAAAUAUCCCAACUGAUGGCACAAAUCCAGUGCAGAAUAUAGAGAAGUCAUUUCACCUGACGAGGGCAGAUAAGGACCUAUUGACUAAGCCAGAAAUUGAUGUGCAGGCGUGGUGCAUGCUUUUGAAUGACAAAGUCCCAUUUAGGAUGCAGUGGCCUCAACAUGCUGAUUUACAAGUCAAUGGUGUACCUGUUCGUGCGAUUAAUAGACCUGGCUCGCAACUGCUCGGGGCAAAUGGCCGUGAUGAUGGUCCAAUUAUCACUCCAUGUACGAAGGAUGGGAUCAAUAAAAUAUCCUUAUCUGGAUUUGAUGCCCGGAUUUUCUGCUUGGGGGUAAGGAUAGUGAAGCGGCGUACACUUCAACAGAUACUUGGGUUGAUACCUAAAGAGUCUGAUGGUGAACAAUUUGAAGACGCACUUUCUCGUGUUUGCCGUUGUGUUGGUGGUGGAGCUCCAACUGAUGGUGCUGACAGUGACAGCGAUCUAGAAGUUGUUGCAGACUCCAUUACUGUCAAUCUUCGUUGUCCUAUGAGUGGUUCAAGAAUGAAAGUUGCUGGAAGAUUUAAACCGUGUGUUCACAUGGGCUGUUUUGACCUUGAUGUUUUUGUUGAGCUCAAUCAGCGUUCUAGGAAGGCAAGUAACUGUUGUUCAUCCCCUUAUUUUUUCUUUAAGUGGCAAUGCCCCAUUUGUCUGAAGAACUACUCAUUGGAUAGUGUAAUCGUCGAUCCUUUUUUCAACCGCAUCACUACUAAGAUGAGGCACUGUGGCGAGGAUGUAACAGAGAUUGAGGUAAAGCCUAAUGGGGCAUGGCGUGUGAAAACCAAAACCGAAGCUGAGCAGAGAGAUUUGGGAGAACUGGCACAGUGGCACAAUCCUGAUGGUACUCCAUGCAGCAUACCAAAUGGGGAGGUUCAGUCAAAGGUGGUGGAAACAGGGAAGCAAGUCAAGCAGGAAGGUAAUUCUGAAGGUCAUGGUACUAUUAAUGGUUUGAAACUUGGUCUUAGGAAGAACCGUGAUGGGCUUUGGGUAGUCAGCAAACAUGAGGGUAUGAAUGGCUCUUCUUCAGGGAACAACAGAUUGCAGCCGGAUAACUUUCAGCAGAAAGUUAUUCCCAUGACUAGCAGCGGUACUGGCAGUGGUGAGGAUCCAAGUGUGAAUCAGGAUGGGAAUUUGGAUUUUAAUAAUAAUAGUGGAGGAAUGGAACUCGAUUCAUUAGCUCUCAAUAUAGAUCCUACGUAUGGGUUUGGUGCACAGCAUAUUUCUGCUCCAGUGGCAGGGGAUGCUGCAGAGAUAAUUGUUCUUAGUGAUACAGAUGACGAAGAAAAUGAUAUACUGGUGUCUUCUGGCGCUGGCUUCAACAACAACCAGAAUGAUGUUGGUGCGGCUGGUUUCUCAGAGGGGACCCGAUCUGGGAUUCCAGAACCACCUUAUCAUCCCGAGGAUCCUAAUCUUGGCGCUGCUGCUGGAACGUCCUGCUUGGGUCUUUUCAAUGACGAGAAUGAUGAUGAUUAUGGAGGAUUGCCCCUCUGGCCACCACCCCAGGGUGGCCCAGGGUUCCAGUUAUUUAGUUCAGAUGUCUCAGAUCCCUUGGUUGAUUUGCAUCAUGGUCCCACAUCAAUCAAUGGAUACAGUUUGGUUCCUGAUACUGGCGUGGGACAUGUCAAUUUGGUCCCACCAGAUACUUCAGUGGGUAGAUCUGACGGGAAUGGUGGGUUGGUUGAUAAUCCAUUGGCUUUCGAGGAAGAUCCUUCUCUACAACUGUUUCUUCCAACCAGGCCAUUAGAUUCGUCAAUGCAUUCCAAUAUGAGAGAUCAUCAUCAGGUCGAUGCAUCGUCUAAUAAUGGUGGGCUUCGAUCUGAGGAUUGGAUCUCUCUUAGGCUGGGAGGUGGUGCUGCCACUGCUGCUGGCGGUGGUCAUGGUGAAUCUGUACCACUUGCAAAUGGCAGCUUAACUUCAAGACAUGCGAUGCCUACUAAUAGAGAUGGUGCUAUGGGUUCUUUGGCCGACACUGCCUCAUUACUUCUUGGGAUGAAUGACGGUGGCUCAUCUGAAAAGGCAAGUCGCCCGAGAACUGAAAGCCCUUUCUCGUUCCCUAGACAAAAGCGCUCUGUGAGACAGCGUUUGUAUCUUUCCAUUGAUACGGACUCUGAAUAGACAACCUGCGGGCAAUUGAUACCAUUAUUUUAUCAAUUUUUGGGGGACAGAAGCCGUACUCUGAAUUCUGGAGUGUUUCAAGUUUGGCGGCUGUGAAGUCUCCUUCCAUCCAUCACUCAGAACCAAGAAAACCCUCCCUGAUGAAAUGUGAAGAAGUCUCAGAUGUCUUGAGAUAAUUGGCUUUCAAGCAAAUUAUAAAAAGGGAAAAAGUCUACAGGAGUGUUAUUGAGAAUCGAGUAGACAUCUGAAUUUUGUGCAGGAGCAGAAGUCACCUCACCCGGGGACUGGGGUUUUCGGAUGCAGUAGUUCUUAUGAGCGACUCUUUUUUGACUGGCAACAGGACCUGGUCCAUUUCGGCUAGUGUUUUAUCGUCUCUUUGGUGUUAGUAUAGCCCGAGUAGCUGGGGAAAAUGUACAGUAGGGGGAGGAUACUUAGGUAGCAAGGUCCAAGAAAGGAAGCAGCUGAUUGAAUUGUGUGGUAAGUCCUGUAAGGUUGUUUUGAACCUUUGGGAUGGUUAAAUGGGAAAUGCCAAGGCGCGACACGGCGACAGACACAGCAACCAACCUUUUCGGUGAUGUUUCGUUCUUGUGUCCAUCUAACGACCCAGAAAUUGAGCUGAAGCUAAGUUAGCGUGUAAAUGUUAUUCCUGCUACAUUCGGU